CGCCUACGAAAAUAUUAUGUAUUUCCGGGUCAAACAAGCGCGCUGAAUUCGAGUGGCAUUUUUUCCCCACCUCACUGGGUAGUGUUCAGCUGGAUAAACGGUUGUCAUAUUGUCAGUGUGAUUCCAUAGAUACUCUAAAGUGUGUUCUGGAAUGGAAAUUGACAGAAUGGAUGUGGGGAACCAUCAAAAAAACAUCCAUUUAGAAGUACAUCUGAAAUCACAAAGCGGAGUGAAGUUGUCUGAGGUGAAGGUGCAUGUCCAGGCUCUGCUAAGUCGCCACUGCAUGUUAUUUGGAAACUACAAGUGGACAGAGUUUGAUGAAGACUUCCUACGCACUCAUGUGAAGUCAGUGGCAAUAGUUGAUCUGGAAGAAAUGGCAACACAGCCCCUCGACUUGACGAGUUGCACAGUUUCCUUUCACAUGUUCACCCUCAGUGAGGAGGGGCCCAGCACGCUCAGUUUGGAGGAGGAUGAGGAGCUUUCAGCUGCCAAUCACUGGUUGCUUCCAGCAGCUGACUUCCAUGGGAUUUGGGAGAGCCUAGUGUAUGAGAGUGGGGUUAAAACCCAGCUGCUUGAUUAUGUCACAACAACAAUGUACUUCUCAGACAAAAACGUAGACAGCAACCUGAUUUCUUGGAAUCGUGUAGUGCUGCUUCACGGGCCCCCAGGCACAGGGAAAACAUCCUUAUGCAAAGCUCUGGCCCAGAAACUGUCAAUCAGACUGUCAAGUCGGUAUACAUACGGACAAUUUGUAGAGAUAAACAGCCACAGCUUGUUCUCAAAGUGGUUCUCAGAGAGUGGCAAACUGGUCACAAAGAUGUUUCAGAAGAUCCAGCAGCUUAUUGAUGAUAAAGAAGCUAUUGUGUUUGUUCUUAUUGAUGAGGUGGAGAGCCUGACAGCAGCAAGAAAUGCCUCUCAAGCGGGAACAGAACCGUCUGAUGCCAUCCGUGUGGUCAACUCUGUCCUCACUCAGCUGGACCAAAUCAAACGACAUUCCAACGUGGUGAUCCUGACUACCUCUAAUGUGACAGAAAAGAUCGACUUAGCCUUUGUGGACAGAGCGGACAUUAAGCAGUACAUUGGACCACCGUCUGAGAAGGGCAUCUACAGCAUCUAUCUCUCCUGUCUGGAGGAGCUCAUGAAGUGUCAGAUUGUCUACCCGCGGCAGCAGUUGUUCACCAUGUUCGAGCUGGAGACCAUGGGCUUUGCAAGGAGCGAGGUGUCUGAACACAGUCUAACACUGAGGAACAUCGCUGUAAAAAGCAAAGGUCUGAGCGGACGAGCUCUGAGGAAAGUACCGUUUCUUGCUCAUGCCCUUUUUGUAAAGACGCCCUCAGUGACUCUGGAAAAGUUUCUGGUGGCCAUGGACCAAGCGGUGGAUAAACAGAAGGAGGAAAAAGCUAACCUGGUGAACGGUGUCUGACACAUUUGUUCUUGGCUUUAUUAGUAGUUUGGAGAACAUAUACACCUCAUUUGUUUUUAUCGAGCAUUAUCAGGUAACUUGGUGCGGAAAGUUUACAAAAUGUGUUUGUUUAUUGUUAUUUUUUUAGUAAAUUGUCUUUGUAUUGUUGGUGCUACUGCUCCUAAAACGGUAUUGUUUACAAAGCUUGUUGUUAAGAGUUAGUCUAUAAAACUUUGAUCCUAUGCAGCCUUUUAACUGCAGCUCUGACCACAACUGCUUAAUGAGUCUGUUUUACAGGGAUGACUUGGAUAUUUUUCCCCCAACACAAGUCUGAUUACAUUGUAUGGACCAUGAAAACAAUGCAAAUUGUGACCACUUGGAUAACAAAUUACAUUCAAAUUUGUAUAAUUGAAAACAUGAAUUUACAAAACAAAUACCUAAAAUGAUAUAUUAAAAAAUCCAAAAGAUGCCCAUUUUCAGUGGUUUAAAAAGGGACAAUUCUCAUUGUGCAGUAGUUAUAAUAUUCAUAUAAUGUUGUAUGAAAUCUAUAUUUAUGCAAACAAAUCGUCACUUUCUGUAAGUGUUGUACAAAACUUUGGAAUAAACAUUUUUUGC